CAGAUUACGGCAAAAUUUGACGGGCGGGCGCGGAGUUUGUAAACAAUACAAACUUUCUCUCGUAACAGUUGAAAACACCAUCAAGACCUUUUUUGUCUGGGGAUUUAUUGGGUUACAACGACAUUUACGGUAGCCGCGCAGGAGUCCUGAAGUUUUACACAGUGACAAGUUUCAUUCUCCAAAGGGUUAUUCAGUCUGUAUUCGCGCUAGCUAGCAUUGUUAGCUAACAUGCUAACACUGUGGAAGGACAGUAGCGGGACACUGUGGAGAACAGGCUGCUUUUUGUGAGUAGCGGCAAGGCAUGCAAGUAGUGAAGCUCCUGGGAAAACAACUGCUUCGACUGGGACAACGGAGGCCGGGUAUCCAGCUGAGGUGUUGUUCUGCGGCGAAGGACUCGGAAACAUUAAACGUGAUGCCCAGGGGUCAGAUCAAGCGGGUUCUCUGCGUAGCCGAGAAGAAUGAUGCUGCCAAAGGAAUCUCCGAAAUCAUGUCCAAUGGCAGGUCCAUGAGGAGGGAAGGACUGUCCAAGUUUAAUAAGAUCUAUGAGUAUGAGUGCCAUCUCUUUGGUCAAAAUGUGACGGUAGCAAUGACAUCAGUCUCAGGCCAUUUACUGGCUCUUGAAUUCAAAGCUCCUUAUAACAAAUGGCUCAGCUGCAAUCCAGUACUGUUGUUUGAUGCUGAAGUUGAGAAGUAUUGUCCAGAUGGCAUGAUAAAAAUUAAGCAUACAUUGGAAAAGGAGGUGAGACAGUGCCAGGCCUUAAUUAUCUGGACUGACUGUGACAGAGAGGGAGAGAACAUUGGUUUUGAAAUAAUCAAUGUCUGUAAAGCCGUGAAGCCUAAUUUGCCAGUGUUUCGAGCGAAGUUUUCUGAAAUCACCCCCAACUCCAUUCGGAGAGCAUGUGAGACACUAUCACAGCCAGACAUCAACGUCAGUGAUGCUGUUGAUGUCCGCCAAGAACUCGACCUUAGGAUAGGUGCAUCCUUCACCCGCUUCCAGACUCUUCGCCUACAGAAGAUCUUCCCAUUGUCUCUGGCCAAUCAGCUCAUUUCUUAUGGCAGCUGCCAGUUUCCCACUUUGGGCUUCGUGGUUGAACGUUUCAAAGCCAUCCAGGCUUUCAUUCCUGAGACAUUCUACAAGAUCAGGGUCCUACAUGAUGUGGAGGGGGACACGGUAGAGUUUGGAUGGAAAAGACACCGUCUCUUCAACCACACCGCUUGUCUAGUGCUCUACCAAAUCUGCAUGGAGGAUCCCAUAGCAACCGUCACCUCAGUAACCAGUAAGCCUAAGAGCAAAUGGAGGCCGCUGCCUUUGGACACUGUGGAAUUGGAAAAACUGGCUUCUCGAAAGCUGCGCAUAAGUGCUAAAGAGGCAAUGAAAACUGCCGAAAAACUUUACACACAGGGGUUUAUCAGCUACCCUCGCACGGAAACAAAUAUUUUCCCAGAAUCCCUUGCUCUUGCCCCCUUGGUGGAGCAACAGAUGCAGAGUCCUGACUGGGGGGCAUUCGCCCAGCGAGUGCUUGACCAGCCUGGGGGUCCCAACCCGCGACGGGGCAAAAAUUCUGACCAAGCCCAUCCCCCUAUCCACCCCACUAAAUACACAAACACAUUGCAGGGAAAUGAAGGGCGUCUGUAUGAGUUCAUUGUCCGUCACUUCCUGGCUUGCGUAUCCCAGGAUGCUUUGGGUCAGGAGACUAUUGUGGAUAUAGACAUUGCUCGAGAGACGUUUUCCACUUCGGGACUCAUGAUCAUUGCAAAAAAUUAUCUUGAUGUUUAUCCCUAUGACAAAUGGAGCGCUAAGGUGAUUCCAGUAUAUGAACAAGGCUCCCAGUUCCAACCCUCUGCCAUCGAGAUGGUGGACGGUGAGACGAGUCCUCCACAGCUGCUCACUGAAGCCGACCUCAUAUCAUUGAUGGAGAAGCACGGCAUUGGCACAGAUGCAACACAUGCAGAACACAUCGAAACCAUAAAAAGUCGCAUGUACGUGGGCUUGACAGCUGACCAACGGUUUCUCCCCGGGGAGCUCGGCAUGGGACUGGUGGAAGGUUACAACGCCAUGGGCUAUGAGAUGUCAAAACCCCACCUGCGCGCUGAACUGGAGGCAGACCUGAAGCUCGUGUCAGAGGGGAGGAAGGACCGAGGGAGCGUGUUGCAGCACCACAUCCAAAAAUACAAGGCUGUCUUCGUUGAGUCGGUCCGGAAGGCAAAGAAGUUAGAUGAAGCUCUGUCGCCGUAUUUGGGUGCUGCUCAGGAGAUCCAUGAAACCGAGCAGCAAGACAUGGAGGUUCCACUCCCUGUCAGGAAGUGCCCCCACUGUGGUCGUGACAUGUUGCUGAGGAAGCGGAAGGAAGGAAACGGUAAGUUCCUGUCCUGUGUGGGCUUCCCAACCUGCAAAGCAGCUGUAUGGUUUCCUGACACGGUGCUGGAGGUCAGCCGAGACGACAGCAUUUGUUCCACCUGCCAGCCGCAGCCCGUUCACAUGUUAAAGUUCAAGUUCCGUCGGGGCAGCAUUCCCGCCAUCUUGCCUUUAGAGUUUGUCGGCUGCAUCGGCGGAUGUGACGAGACUCUCCGAGAGGUGCUGGACCUUAAAUACCUCAGAGGAGCAGGACAAGGAGGAGUGGCAGCAAGAGAGGACCCCCAUCAAAAUGCCUUGAGGCCACCACAACCUUGGGCGUCGAGUUCAAACCCGACGCCGUCCGCUCCGCCCUCCGCUCCUUCUUGGAACCCACAACCUCGUCCACCACCAGGGGGCAAUAGUAUCAGUGCACACAACAACAGCGAUGGCAUUGUGUGUAACUGUGGUAACGAUGCAAUCCUGCUAACUGUGCGCAAAGAAGGGCCCAACCAAGGACGGCAAUUCUAUAAAUGCAAUUCAGGAGCUUGUAAUUUUUUUCUGUGGAAGGAUGAGCCGAUGCAGCAGGGGCCGCUGCAGAAUCAUUGGCCUCCACCGCCACCUGCGCCACCGAGAAUCUCCCAGCUUCCCCAGCAAUCCCUGGGGUGUAGGAACACCAGAGUUGGCAGUGGGCCUCAGGGGGGCACAGAAGGUAUGAUGUGUAACUGUAAUGAGGCCACAGUGACCCGCGUUGUGCAGAAGGAUGGACCGAACAAGGGGCGGCUGUUUCACACGUGCGGGAAACCAAGAGACCAGCAGUGUAACUUCUUCCAGUGGGCGGAUGAAAACGUCUCACCACAAGGUGCCUUCGGAGGCGGCGAGUUGAACAGCAACAGAAACGGCGUAAAGAAGGGAAGAAAGAUAACGGGGGACAAACCAACCGUUGCCAAGAAACCUCGCUCCUGCGGAAUCUGCCACAUGCCAGGACACACACGGGUCACUUGUCCUCAGCGGUGACAGCAGCACGCGGACGUUUUGCACUCUGUGACUCGACUGUUGGCGUCUUUUCACGUACAGUCCAGAAUCUCCUCAAAAAGCUCUUGUGACUUUACGUUUGGCAAUUGCGUGCGGACGACAAAGUCAAGUGAAGUUAAGGGUUUUGGAUGAGCUGAUGAGCAGCGAUCAUCUCACAAUUCCCAGAAGGCAGCAACUAAAUGUAACAUUUUCAGCACUUAGCAUGCUGGCCAUAUUAAAGUCAGGUCCAAGAAGGAGUUACGGGUUGAAACCCUUUGCGUGGAGCCGCCUGGGGCUGGAAGUUUCAGAAGAGGUAGCAGCUGCCCUUGGCUGGAAUUAAACAUCCAUUCAUUGCAUUUCUUUUUAUUCCUCAUUCUGUGAGCAUCUUGAUUGAGAGCAGUUCCAGCUGCAAUUUCUUUUCUUUUUUUGUUGUUUUUUAAAAAAAAUAAAAAAUUCUAUUCAA